UCUCGCGACGUCCCUGAGAAUAACAACAACAACGGAAUUGUAGCCCAAAAACUGGGAGUUUACGUCCCCUGAAGCCAUAUAAUCGUCCCAUUUUUACUAUUUUUCUUAUUGCGAUAUCAUUUCAUCAUCAUGGUAUCCACGCGACAUCACCCUUCAGAGUUCCCUCCACCAGAGGCGUCCCCCACCAAGAGCUCCUCGCCCCGGAAGAGCUCUCGCAGAUCAACCGCGUCCCCCGCUCCUGAGGAAAUCCCAACGUCGUCGCCCACUUCUCUGACCAAGCGUGCUGUCUCAAACGCUGUCGCAAGCGCCAAUGGCAAUGGCAAUGCCAGAAGCGUAGGGUGGUCGCAUACAGCUUCCAACAUCACCAUCGCGUGGGUCACGGUCUCCAUGCCGCUUGUUAUAUGGGACAUAUUAUACCUCUUGUUGCGUCCACACACUAUGACAGGAGGCAUGCUUCAAUGGCCGAUUUGGAAGCCUUAUGAGAUUUACGCAAACGUUGAUUACGUGUAUGGACAGCCUGGAUGGGACCACAAGGAUGGAUUUGGAGGAGCGCAAGCAGUAUUGAACCUUGUAGAGGUUAUUUUUUACGGACUGUACAUCAUGAUUGUGUACAAUCACGGCAAACCGGCUGCGGGCGGUCGCGGUUUGCAAGUUGGCGUUAAGGGUUGGCUUUCGGGAGGUGUUCGAAUUGAAGGGAGGAAGGGCAACCAAGCGCUGAUCAUGGGCUUCGCAGCUGCAGUGAUGACCCUUAGUAAAACAACACUUUACUAUCUCAACGAGUACUUCUCUGAUUUCAAGAACACCUGGCACAAUGAUUGGUCCCACUUCAUCUUCCUUUACAUAAUCAUGAACGGCCUAUGGCUCGCAUUCCCAGCCUACAUGACCGUCGUUUUCGGCGCGGACAUCCUUGAGGGUCUUGACCUUGCAACUGAAUCAUCAAGUGCCGCUGCGAAGAAGAAGUACUAAUUAGCAUCGCAUUCCUAAAAUUAAUACCCAACACUC